CGUCCUGCCCCAGCUGAGUGCGCUGGGCGGGCGGCUCCGGGGCAGGGCCCCGUAGGGACUCGGGGGGCUCUGCAGGGGCCGAUCGCCCCGCCCCGCGCGAGCCGUUGGGCCGGGCCCGUUCCUGAGCGGGGAAGGGCCGUUUGCUCGGCGCCCCGGGCCCGAGGCCGGCUCCGCGGUGGGGACGGUGCCCCGGGCCAAGGACGCUCAUUCCUGCCACUCUCCUUGCCCUGCUUGUGUCCGUGGCACUGGCACCGGUGGUAGCGUCUCUGGGGCCGAUAGCAGUCUGAGGAUCUGGAACCACCAGCCCUGUGCCAGGGACCCCCUGUGUUUGGUGUUCCCUAGCCUUGGUCCGUGUGACCCUGGGGCUAGCCUGUGCAGUUUGUGACACCUGGAGUAGGGGCAAAGAGCACAGGCCUGCAGCCUGGCUUUGCUGGGUUGUGGUGUGUCGUGUUGUGAGGUCCCUGCGUCAGCCUGGUGCUGGGCACUGUAACCUUUCCCUAGGGAUCCUCCACCGGUCCAGCCCCCUCCUGCUGCGAUGCGCCGGGACAAACCUCAGGAACGGGCUGCCAGCUGGCCGGCUGAUCACAUCAAAGUGCUAAUUGCCUUGUGGGCGGAGGCGGCCACCUCACAUGACCUGAGCUCCCGCGGCAGGAACAGAGUUGUCUAUGAUGGCAUCUCCCAGCGCCUGGCUGAGCUGGGCAUCUAUCGCACCGGGGACCAGUGCCGGGAGAAGAUGAAAGGCCUCAAGGUGACAUAUCGCAAGGCCAAGGAGAACAAUGCAGCUGGGAGGCCGCCCAUGCGCUGCCCAUUCUACGAGGAGAUGGACCAGAUCAUGCAGCGUUGCGACAGCACGCGCUCCAGCCUCCUGGCAGAGAGCGGCGAGGGGCCUGGUGCUCCAGACAGGCAGGAGGGCACAGCUGCCCCAGAGGGCUGGGGGGCACCAUCCUUUGAGCCAUGGGAUUCCCAGGCCGCUGCUGCCUUUGAGCACUGGGAGUCCCAGGCCUCGGCCUCUGACCAUUGGGGGUCCCAAGCUGCAGCCUCAGAGAGCCAGGGGGCUGAGGAGCUGGGCUAUGUGCUCCCUGAGGCACAAGCCAUGCUGGGCGAGGUGCAGGCCGUGCAGGUGAAGGAGGAAGAGGCGUCCGCGGAUGAACUGCUGCCUGAGCCUGACCCUUCCCCAUCGGCAUCAGUAGAGCCCCAACCGGCCUCCCGGAAGCUGGUCUCAGCGCUGGACCGGCUCGUGCACCUCCGGGCCAGGAAGCGCAAGGUGCGGGAGGAUGGGCCACUGGAGACUGCACGGGGCCCCAGCCAGAAGCAUGGGCGCAGCCAGCUGGAGUUGAAACGGGCGAGGCGCGCUGGCGCCUGGAGGGCGGAGGAGAGGCAGAGCCUUGCCGAGUUCAUCCAGCAUGACCGGGAGAUGCGGCGGGAGGACCGGGAGUUCCAGGCCCAGCUCCUGGAGAAGCUCUUCCAGAAGCAGCUGGAGAUGGUGGGGGCCCUGGCCCAGCCUGCACCCCCACUGCAGGAACCAGAGCCAGUGGCACGGGAGGGUGCUGGACUCCAGUUCCAUGCUCUACUGGAGCAGGCGGUGCAAGUGCAGGCCAAGGGGCAGGAGGCUGAGACAGCCGGCCCCGCCCCUGUGGGAGCCUUGGAGCGAGCAGGGAAAGCACCCCCAGCCGUGCAGUACUGGACGGCAGAUGAGAUCCUGCGCUGGCUGGUGCCGCAGCAGCCGCUGAAUGGGCAGCAGCCUUGGGGCGAGCGCUGUCGGGAGGGGCUGCUGGGCCCCCUGGCCUCACGGGGAGAUGGAGAAGGGGGUGAGAAUGAGAUGGAUCUCGCCUCCUCCAGACGAGUGACUGACACCUGCCAGGGGCCUAAAGGCCUCCGGGGAGCCCGACUCCUCCCUCCCCUCGGCAGGGAAGCCCAACAGACCCACGCCAGCCUGGAUGCCAGUGAGGCUGGUGACGGUGCCAAGGUGAAGGGAGCUGUCCUGCGCCGCCACGACACAGAGACGCAGCGCCAGCGCUUCAGGGGCUUCCGCUACCAGGAUGCCGAAGGGCCUCGGGAGGUUUACGGCCGCCUGUGGGAACUUUCCCAUCGCUGGCUGCAGCCAGAGACCCGCACCAAGGAGCAGGUGCUGGAGCUGCUGGUUCUCGAGCAGUUCUUGAGCCUCCUGCCUGAGGAAAUGCAGAGCUGGGUGCGGGAGCGUGGCCCAGAGAGCAGCCAGGAGGCCGUGGCCCUGGCAGAGGAUUUCCAGCUUGUUCCCCAGAAGCCCGGAUGGCAGUCCCAGGUGCGGGUGCCAGCCCAGGAAGGGGCCAGGGAUGUCGGUGCAGCGCAGCGGGCCCUGCUGGCCGAGCGGCAGAGGGUGCACCGGAGGGCCAGCGGGCAGGAGAACGGUUGGAACUGCAGCUCGUUGGCUGCCACGCCGUGUGCCCCGCUGGUGCGGAGACCAAGCUUGGGGGCAAUUGAGCCAGCUGCUCCCCAGCCCCUGCACAACAGAGCGGGCACCAGGCAGGGACAGCAAGUGGAGAAUGGCUUAGAGCCACUGCAGAGCACCGGGCACCUGCAGCAAGCGGAGAAGAACACUGUCUCAGUGUCACGCCCAGCAGCUGGGAAGGCGACUGAGCUAUGCGGUGCUGGCCCAGGAGGGCACGUGGGGACGGACGGCGUGCUACAGGGCAGAGCCACCAUUCAAGGGGGCAGCAGCAUCUCGGAAGCUCAGAAUGGGGCUCCGUGUGAGCAGCAGAUACCCACUAGCCUUAUGCGGAUGGAGCGCACCGGCUCCAAGGGCAGCAGGGCCUGCGGCGCCCUGCCCAGGAGCGCCGGCUGUGCAUCCCCGGAGCUGGAUGGCCCCUUGCUCGGGACCCUUCUGGAGACAUCCUUGGACUCCCCAUGGGACAGAGAGGGCAGCACAGACAGGGCACCGGAGGGUGGCACAGCAUGCCUAGGGGCACAGCCCCGCUGCCUGAGCUGUACAGUACUGCGGGCUGAUCUGGACGCUACGCGGGAGGAGCUGAGAAUUACCCAAGCUUCCACCCUGUACGGGCUGAGCGGCACCCACUUGCAGGGCCUGGCUGAGGCCCUGGGCACCAUCUCGCGCAUCCUGAACGACAGGAGGCCGACAACGAACAAACCCCCCUGGGGUGCAGCCGAGAGCCCUGGCAUGGCUGUACCCCAACAGACACAUCUCUCCUGAAGCCCAAGUGCCUGGUGAGCAGCUGGCCGUGGCCCACCGCCAAGGAGCUCGCACGUUCAGCAGCAGUAUCAGCGGCCCCAGGGAGAAGGUGAUGACCUCCCACUAGAUCCCAGAGCUGCUAGCAUCGAGCCCCAUACUCGUGGCAGCACCUGCAACAGGGAGGCCUUGGACAGAACCUGAGGGACGCUGGGCCAACUGCCUGGGGGUGUUGAGAGCUGGAUCCAGCGGGGCCUGUGCGGAGCCAGGGGAGCUGGCGUCUCGUCACUGGACUUUCCAGGGAGCCUUUCCUACUCCACUAGCUUUUUGAUACAAUGUCCCCAAAGCCCUCUACUUCCCCUUCACAUCUCAGGUUGGUCUCAAUAAAGCAAUGUGCAGAGCUCCAGGCCCGGGGAUGUGGUGCCUGCAAAUGGGAGGAAGUGGCUGUGUCAGGGAUUCCCGAGUGCACCAUGGCUCAUCCUGAUCUCCCUAGGUAUGGCAGGGCAUGGUCUCAGUACACAGCCUGCCUUUCUGGGCACCCAGUUGGUGAGGGAAGCCCCCAGCCAUAGGGCACCACUGGCUGCUGCUAGGGGAGGGAGCCUGUCAGGGGAGUGUCCAGUUAGUUCAAUCAGGAGAAAGUUCAGGCGUGACUUGAGCCCUGUCUGUAUGUACCUAGGUGAGAAACAACUCUACAGUAAUGGCCUGUGCAGAGGGUCGAGAAAGUUCUGGGGCUGGAAGUUGAAGGUGGACUAAUUCAGCCCGGAAAUAAGGUGUCAGUUUUUAAUGUGACAGCAAAGAACCAAGGAACUGUUUCCCAAGGGCCAUGGUGGCUUGUCUUUUGCUGUCGAUUUGUAAAUCAAGAUGGGCUGUUCUAAACACUCUUGCUCUAGGACUAAUGUUGGGGUCAUUCGUGACCUGAGCUAUGCAGGAGGCCAGACUAGGUGAUCACAAUGAUCCCUUCUGGCCUUGGUAUUGAUGACCCCAACGGUCGAGGGGCUGGGAUUAAAGCAGCUGACUUGGGGAAGGGGUCACGGCUUUCUGCUACUUCUCCUCCUCUCCCUGCCAAUUAACCAUGCUCCGUGCCAAUCCAUCCCCUACCAGCCACUCAGCUGGUGCUUGCUCAGGCUGUACAAGUCGUAACACAAGCCUGUCGCAUGUGGUGUCGUCUGUCACGUUUUUCAGAGUAGAGAAGCAGGAGCCUCUGUUCACGGGGAGUCUGGGAAAUCCCUCCAGGAGCAUGGUGGGGGGGGGGGGUUCCUGAUGAUGCAUUAGCCAGGAGGCUGGGAAAUUGCUGCAGUGGCACAGCAGGUGUUUUGGACACUGGGUUAAUGGUGAAGCUGGGAAAUUCCCCCCCCCCCCGCCCCCAUGGCAAUUGGGUGUUGGGGUAGUGGGGAGGCUGGGGAAUCCCUCUAGCGGCAUGGUGGAUAUUUUGGGAUGUUGUUUUAGGUGGGAGGCUGGGAAAUUCCCCCCCCCCCCCCCCCCCCGAGCCACGGAGUGCGUUUCUCAUUCAAUUUGAGACAGGUUGUAAAAGUGGGAUCUAUUCAGCAGUGCAGUGAGUGGGAACAAAACCAUGAGGCCUCAGUCAGAAUGGACUUUGAAUGGUGUUCGCAAAUCAAGGCCCCUGCAGUGACCAGCAUGGACCCCAGCACAUGGCCAGAGCCCCCAGAACACCCCACUGGAACCUCAGCCAGUCAAGUAUCCUGCCCAUUAAAAAUGACUGGUCUGUGCUGGCAUGGGAGAAUGCACCACAUUUAUUCCAGGGAUGCCACUGGCUCCUUGUGCCAGAGGAGUAUCGCCCAUGUGUGGGGCAGAUAGGGGGAAGGGACCCCUCAGGCUCUGCCAGAGGAAUAUCAGAGAGCCCCUUUGGUUUCGGCUCUCUUCAGCCCAGGUCACUUCCCCCUUGUGGCUGCAGAAGAGAUGCAUGAGGGUGUUGGGUUAGUGGGGAGGCUGGGGAAUCCCUCCAGCAGCAUGGGUGUUUCAGACCCUGGGUUAGUGAUGAAGCUGGGAAAUCCCCCCUUCCACAGUGGCCCUGGCACACCUGGCUCUCAGCUCUGCUGGUUGCACAUUGGCAGCUCUCUCAGCCUGUGCUGGGAUUAGUGCCACACUUCGGCUGCCUCGGAGACGGGCCAGCAGCUCUCGAGCCGACACUUUCCUUCCUGGGGCCUUUGCCUGUGUUAGGGUCUGCUGGAGGGAGCGUGCUGGCCUAGGGCUCUGCCUCCUGCUUGCCUGGCACUGGGACGUUGGUUCUAGGUGCAUGGGGCAGAGUUUAGGACCAGUCAUCAUGGGUGAGGCUGGCACGGUAAAGGCUUGCAGGGAGAUGCUCAUGCAGGCUUGUAGCACCCCUCUUGCCCACCUGGGCUUCACAGCCAGAGAAUGCCUGGCUGGACUGGCCACAUGGCAAACACGCUUCUUUGGGUUCAGCUGGAGGGAAACACCCUAGUACUGUGCUAACCAAUGGCUGUUAACCCCCCCCCCCCCCACAGGACUAGAGGAGUUGGAGACAUAACUGGUGAGGAGAGUUUCUCCAAACCAGCAGCAGGGUAACGUCUGAUCCUGACCCCAGGUGGGGUGGAAUUGGGCAGGGCGGGAGGGCUCAGCGGAGCCUAGCAAAGUGGGGCAGUAGACCUUGGUGUAGUGCAGAAGGGCCUUGCCAGGCAUGGUGGGGCUGGUCCGCAUAAGUGCGGGGAGGGAACUAUUUCUCCACCCUCAGAUAAUACUUUGCUUCCCCCAACCCUCCACCGCUGCUUUGCUCCCAGAACAGCUGUGGGGGGCGACUGCAGCACAUGGCGACGGGCACGGAGCUGUGGAACUGCUCAGCCGGGGUGCCCCCCGGAGGAAUUCCCCAGAGCUCUGAGCAGGCAUAUGAAGUCUGCAUGGCUUCACGGCUCUGGGAUGCUGCCCCCCAGCACAGAUAAGCCCCUCCAUGCCCCCCUGCCAUCCCCGGAAGGCACCAAUAUGCCCCUGCAGCCUCUUGGGGGGAAGGGGGGCUGGACAGCAUGUGGCUCUGUGCAGUGCCCCUCGCAGCUCCCAUUGGCCGCAGCUCCCAUUGGCCACAGCUCCCUGUUCCCAGCCAAUGGCAGCUGUGGGGGCAGUGCAUGGAGGGAAACCCCUGGCCCCGCCCGCCUACCCCUCCCUGCCAUGCUGGCCACUUCUGGGAGUGGCACAGGUCCAGGGCAGGCAAUGAACCUGUCUUAGCAGCAGCCCUGCUGCGCGGCCGGAGAUCGUGAUCGACUGGGAGAUCCUCUAGGAUCGACCAGUCAAUUGCAAUCAACCGGUUGGUGACCACUGCUUUAGAGGUUUAGGCUUCUCCCAUGAACAAAUGAGCCAGCGAAGCAGCUUAGCAAAAUCAACAAACCUACCCUGCUAUUUACAUUAGGAGGAUAAUUGAUGCUGAAUACUGCAGCUGACAGAAUGUGAUAUAAACAAAUAUCGCACAGAAAAAAUGUUUCACUGCAGUAUUUUCCACAGAAAUUGAAAUUAGGGGGUAUGUUCAAAUAUACAGGGGGAGGGGGGAGGACUGAUGAGGGGGGAGACUGUUAGGGCAAAGAUGGGCUAUAUGGCACCAUAGUAAAAACUGAAAAAUGUUUCACAACCAUUUUAUUAGAUUUAACUCAUGUUUUUAAAUCAUCCCACAAAUUAAAGUUGGCUAUACAAGCCUACUAUGAA